CUGCUUUGAUGAGGCUUGCAAUGUUUGACGGGGGGAAGGAUGCGCUGUCGAACAGGCGUCAGCGGUCGGCCAACGUCGCGUGUUCUCCAGUCGUGACAACGUGCGCGUUUUCAUGAUCGAGGCUCAACUCAACUUUCAGCGGCCCUGGCCCACCAUCCCCAUUCCCCAACCCCACCCCGAUUUCACCACAAUCCCUAAACCACCCACGGAUAACCAUGAGCGGAACACCCAUCUACGGCCUCGACCGUGAGCUCGCCGCAAAGGCAGCAGCGAAACACGACCCCGUGCGCGAACAGGAAGCGCGCGAGUGGAUCGAGUCGUUUGUGGGGGAAGCGUUCCCGAGCGAGGGGUUCCAGGAAAGCUUGAAGGAUGGGGUCAUUCUUUGCAAGUUGAUCAACGCGCUGACACCCGACACACCCGUGAAAUUCAACACCUCCAAAAUGCCGUUCAAGCAAAUGGAAAACAUCAACACCUUCCUCCAAUCUCUCACCACCACGUUCUCCGUUCCCCCGCACGACCAAUUCCAAACCAUCGACCUCUACGAAAACAAAAACCCCACCCAAGUCGUCGACACCAUUUUCGCCCUCUCGCGCCACGCGGGGCAGAAGGGCUUGAUCCCGCCGGAGAAGGUACUGGGACCGCGGCUGGCGGAAAAGCGGACUGUGGACUUUUCGGAUGAGAUUUUGAACCAGGGGAAGACGGUUAUUGGGUUGCAGAUGGGAUAUGCUGGAGGUGCGAAUGCGAGCGGAGUGUCGUAUGGCGCGAGGAGGGAGAUUGGAGGGGCGGAUCUGGGACGGCAGGGGUGAGGCAGGGGCAAGAGUUGUUUUCCUAGAGACCGCCGGCCGGGAUUUGAGGUUUGAGAUAUAUGGAUAUAGAAGAUGCAUUUUGCAGCCUCAUUCAAUUUUAAAGCGCUCCUCUGUGAGGAAGCGAUUUGCUAUGGGGG